UAUCCGCUCACUUCGUUGCUGGUGCCUCGUAAGCAAAUUCGUAACGGCGCGCAAAGGCAUACAAGCGCCAUCGCCGUGCGACCUUCGCGGCCGUGUGGCCAUUUUGUGUGCAAUCGUGUUCGGUACAAGUCGCAACCUGUAAACAGAGUCGGCCGCGUGAAAAGAUCUCGCUGUCCUGCGUGUCCCUAACUUUCCCGCGCCCAGAACAACAACCAUUGUAUGGUCGAGUGUUUCUAUGAAAUAUUCUGCAGUCCGACUCCUGGCUUGUUUGCAGAUUAGAGACUAUGGCCGCCCCGGAGUGGAAGCGCGACGCUACGGAGCGUCUCAUCGAGGAAUACCGAAAGCAUCCGGUGCUGUACAAUAUGCGCCAUCCGCGUUAUUACAAUAAGGGGUCCCGAAACGAGGCGGUCACUAAGUUGCUGGACGCCAUACAGCAGUAUCGGCCAGAUACGACGCCCCAGGAUGUACUGCGCAAGAUUCAAACACUCCGCACGCAGUUCGGACAGGAAAUCUCAAAAUCACGGCGCUUGACUCAGUCGGGAAAGCUGUACCAACCGACGGCCUGGUGGUUCAAGGGGUUGAGCUUCCUGCAGAACCACAUCAAACACCGGUCCUCGAGUCCGGUCGAUUCCGACAGCUCGUGGAAGCAAGAAGUGGACAACAACAGCUCGAUCAACGUUUCGAUCGUGCGGAACGCCAACAACGAUGCGGAGCUGAGCAACAUAGAAUACGAUCACUCGAUGGAUCUUGAUUACGAUAGAGAAAUACACUACGAGAUCAACGCGGUCGAAGACAUCAAGAACGUAAAAACGCUCGAAGUGAAGCCAGUCAUAAUGGCGUCCAGUAGCUCAGCAGCAUUGCAGAAGCAUAAAAUGAAAAGUCACAGCCGGUGCGGGAGUCAGGAACACUACUCCUACCCGGAACCUUCGCAAUCACCGCAGCCAACUGAGUACUCAGCGGCGUUUCAGACGUCCAAUGUUGUAGAACAAUCUGUUGCCAAAUCGGAAAUAAUCGCCGGAAACACCGUUACCGAAAUUCUCGUCGUUAGCGAACGGUGUAAGAGUCUCGGGAACUUUAUCGCAGCACAAAUGGCCUGCAUUAAGGACGACUACUUGUUCUACGAGGCGCAGAUGGAAAUUCUGAACAUCAUGAACCGGGGUGUCCUGCGUCAGCUGGCUAUCGAUAAGUGCAACCGAGAAGCGGCCAACGGGGAAUCGUCCAGCAACACGCAAUCAUAGCUGGACGAAUGAAUCGCAUGUCGCGAUCACCAAGCAAAGGACCGUCACACCUACCCCGUGGCUCCGGAGUCUCCUGAGGCUUUGUUCAUGGAAUAAGUGACGACGCUAUAGAAAUUAAGCUAACCAACCACGUUCGAAGGACGAAAGUUAACGUUAUCGAAAGAUAGGUAGUAGGGCGCCAUAUUGGUUCCAACAAAUGCGUGCCACGACGAGAGUGAAAUGUAUAUCUGAAAAGCCAGACACUGAAAUGAAUUUGCUUUGUGAAGAUUAUAUAUUGGGGCGUUUGAAUUCAAUCACAAUCUGCUGCAAGAUAAAUU